UGAAGAUGCUGCUUUAGUCCAUGCUGUUACUCAGUUCCACUCCAAAGUUCUGCUCUUCAAGUUUCAUGAAACUACAGCAGUUCAGGAUGGGAUUUUAUACGCCACCGACAACAGCUUCACAUGCUCAGGUCCAGUGUAUAUUGCUCAGAGCGGAACCAGCAUUGUAAUCUCGGCCACAUGAACAUCAAUGUAUCUCACAAUAUUCAACACAUCCACUAAUUCAUUCUCCACAACCCUCAAAGUGGUUGACACCUCAUUGACACUGUUCAAUGCUUUCGUGGACUCUGGAUAUUUGAAAACAGUUGGGUACUGGAGUCCGAAUGGAGAACACGGCUACAUCGGAGGGUACAAAACUGGUAGUACAACUGUGAACAGUCAGUUCGAAUCAGUUUCGAGUAUUUUUGUGGCAAACUCAAGUUACUCGGUAGUGUCUACCACAUUGAUGGCUCUGCUUGUAACAGACACUAAUAUUUUUGAUUUACCGAUAACAAAUAAAGACGAAACUUCAGUCUACGACAAAAUAGCUCUGAACACAGCUUCAGUGGAUGCUCAAAAUGUCAGCUCUGGUGACUCAGUCAGUGUUGCCUCAUCAUGCUCCAUUGUGCAAGGAACAGGCCUCACAUGCAGUUUAGGAUCAUACCUCGGUCAGGCUGUGCCUUCCUGGGUGGCUCUUGAGCCUGCUGGAGAUUCUUGAAAAAUUUCCGAAUCUGCUCCAUCAUCGGAAUCACCAGCCCAGUUUGCUGUCGACUGCGUGUUUGGAACUCUGACAUUGCAAACUCCGGUAUCCCUUACAUUUAGCUCCAGCAGUUCUGGCUCCGAGUCUGAGUGUUCAGUCUCAAACUGCAAAGCUUGCACUGCAGGCUCUUCAGACCUGUGACAAACUUGAGAUGAUGGCUACAGCUUAAUAUCCAAGGGAACAGGCUGAGCAUCAGCACAAGUCCAGACGACCGUGACUGCAAGCUCAGCCACUUUGGCAACAGGAUUUGCAGCAAGCAUGACAUCACCACAAGGGGCAUGGAGCAUGGUGAACCAGAUCCAAGUGUUGAUGUUGAUGCCGUUGACUGAGUGAUAUUUCCCAGCUGAUGUUAUUAGUUUCUUGACUGGGAUGGACUUUGCCUUACUUUCACUCGAUUUCAUUCCUUUUCCAUCAAUCCCAGGAAUCAAAGAAACCCUUGGGUAUGUUGACCACGAUCAAACUGACGAUUAUGUUUACGAAAUGCAAAUUAAAUCUGGAAGCACUUUCAUCAACAGCUUCUCAUUCAUCUGAAUCAUCGGUUUCAUAUCCAUAUUCCACUUGUGCUUGUACAUCAUCAAGAAAGAUGUGCAACUCAAAGUUCCUGUAGAAGAACAAGGGUGGAAAGCAAAGGCUGUGCUCUGGCUCUUCGACUUGCUCACUCUAAACAUUUACAUUCGGUUGUUCAUGGAAGUGUUCUUGCUGAUGGUACUGUCAAGUCUUAGGGAACUCUACUUUGUGUACAGACUCAGUUCAUCCAACGAGUUCAUUUCAUAUUUCUUGAAUGUGCCCAUUACAUUUGUUUGGGGUGCAUUUGUAGCUGUUUGAAUUUGGCAAUGGAAAAAAUCCAAAAGUCCUCUCAGAUUUGCUAGACAAUAUUAUUUUGUGGAGUUCUUCCAAGGAGUCAGAAACACCUGGAAAGCAAGAGUCUACUCAGCCUUGUUCUUAACCAAACGACUCACUUUGGUAGCUUUAGUGACUCUGUUAGAAGUCUUUCCGAUGCUGGCCAAAGUGAUCAUAUUCAUCACGAUCCAGUUGUCUUGAUGUAUCACUAUUGUCAUCCUGAGGCCCUUCGAAUCUGUCAGAAACAACAUCAUUGAGAUUGUGAAUGAAGUAGUAUUCCUGGUCUGAUCAUCUCUGAUGGUUCACUUCAACACAAAAGGGAAGUGGAAGAGCUGGCAUGAGAAGAUGUACAUAAACUUGAUACUAUCGAACAUUUGUCUGAUUACGUUGAUCUCCGUUAUUUUCUUGCUGAAAGAUAUUUUUCUUUGGAUCAAGCAAAAACUAUUGAAAAAGAGUAUCAAAAAGAGUGUCAAGCCAAAGUCUAGCAAAAGAACUGGUGAUAAUUCUUUAACACCUCACAACAAUAAAAAGUUUAAAAUUGGAAACAAGGGCUCGUAUAUUGGCAAAAGUAGACUUGAGAGUAUAGCUAGUUCAAAAUCUAUGAAGGACAGAUACAAAGAUGCUAUCAGCAAAGAGAGGCAAGACUUUAUGGAUCGUAAUGAGAGACUGAAGGCUCCUAGAAGAAUGUUUUAGAAAGAUGUUUAAUGCUUUUCCUUUAAUGUUUUGUAAAAAGUUUUUGAUAGAAUCUGUAAGAAUUUUUUAUCAAUAAGAGAUUUAGAU